UGCGGCGACGACAACGCCCGUGAUGGUUCUGGUCUGAAGAUAGCGCAGUCUGAAAAUGCUCUCGCUUCUUGGUCGUCGGCGUCGGGCGCCAGCGUGCGUUUCAGCACGAGGUGACGCCGAUCCACAGGGAAAAGGUGAAACAAGAGCCCUGCUGGUGUGCCCGAUGGCACCAGCAGCACCGUCAAGGUGCACUACCCAUCGGUCGGAAGAAGUAGACUUCCCGCCACCCGCGGGCCGCACUACGAGGACUGCUUCAACGCACCAGUACGACCCCCCGGUCGUGCCAGUAGGCGCCUACUACAGGCUGGGCAAGUUUUCCCCGAACGCUGCCACAUUGUCCGAUGCCGCUGCAUGAGCGAUGGGUGCACCACGUGAUACAAUGGCCAAACACACUGCGCUUCGGACAUUCACACCGAGGGCAAGUCAUUGAAAGGAGGCUGAUGAGGAAGCCGGGGAGGAUUCAUCUAUGGACUCGAAAGGGGAUCACAGGAAGCCGAGGUCCUUCUAGAGCCGGCGAAGAAGCGGAGUGAACCUGCUGCACACGUCCUCUCAACAACAGGAGUGCUGCUUGAUCCAUGAAAACUGUUGCACUAUGUCCGUAGCUGUUGCACUACGUCCGUACGGCUCCACCCAACUAUAGAUCGUCGUCGCUGGCCCCCGGGAUUGCCGGCCCGUGCCCGCCCCUGGGCGCCAGCUUCGCGCGGUCCCCGCGGACCACGCUCCUCCACAGGAACGGGAGGAGGAGGGCAUAGAGGGCGAGGGCGGGGAGGGCGCGGCCGGCGCAGAGGCGGGCCGCGGCAGGAGCCGCGGCCUCGAGGCCCCCCGCAGCGACGGCGGCGGCGCGCGCGGCGCCCCCG